GCAAAGCUGAUAACAACGGUAAUUGAUUUUUUAAACAAUAUUUCAGCUGGCCAUACCAGCCUUGUUCAGGUUUACAGAUGCUACUAAAUUCUCAAUAGAAUUUACCAUGAUAUAGAUGGAGAAUGUCGCACUAAAGCUCGUUUAAAUGGGAGAGGCGGAAAUGAAGUACAACAUAAAAGGAGAAUAGAGAAUCUAUGCAGAUUACAGUUACGGACUGAGUCACAUGAGGAAUAAACUUUCUCUAAUGGGAUUAACCGCAUGUCAGUGUAAGAAUAGACAGAGAGUGAGAGAAAGUGUUCAGAAACAGUAGUGGGUUUAGAUUUAAUGUCAUUUUAGUUUUGUUCACUGGACGUCUGUGCUCGUUAAAUCUGCCCUGGGGGAGUCGCUUAGUUUCACCUAUACAUUGUAGAUUGCAGCGGUUGCAUUUUAAGAGUGAGUCUCCCUAAAACCGGUCCACUGCGUUUCGGGUUGGAAAAUCAAUUUCCUUUAAACUUUUCCCAUGAAUAUAUCUUAGUCCAAAAGUAAUUGAAACCGCAUUAGUUUUUGAAAAUAUUUCAAAAUAAAAUUUUUCGGGAGGAAAAUCACUUCAGCACUCGGCGGCCAAAUAUUUGCGGUAACAAAGAGUAAAAAUAGCGCAUAUUGCCGAGUUCACCACUUCAAAGUUUUGCACUUUCAACGAUUUUUUUCACUUCCUAGGACUAAAUUGGUCCUUAAAUGAUGUAAUGGACACAAUUUUGGCCCUUCAAAAACAACUCCUGUCUACUAAAUAUUUUUUGAUUUACACCCACUUUGCUGUACGCAGGAAAUGACUCAAAAAUGCAUAUUUUCAUCCUAGCACUGUGCAAAAUCCCCACAUCUUCUAAAUAAAAUGUCUUUUCAGACCAGCAAAGGGAAUGUCCAGAAACAUAGAAACAUAAAAAUAUGUUGUGAUUUUAACGAUUUAUCACCACAGUCGAUCGACGAAAUAUGCCUAUUUUCUGUUAUGACUGUUUACAAUACACGAUGGAAGGUCUUAAUGCAAAACCCGAAUAACACAAUAAUUCAUCAAAUGUAUCAAGUAUUUUAAACUUUUUGUGACUUUUGACACAAUAGAACAUCAUGCAGGAAAGGAAAGCCUUUAAGCCGAACGCAUUAAUACUACAGGUGUACCUGUUUACAGCGCUUGAUCCGAUCGACUCGUCUUCGCUGUGUACACAAAACUGAUAUCACAUGAUGGCGCCUGUCACGCAUUCCUAUAUCUGGAAUCGUUACGCCGCGAAAACACUUUUUGCUAGUCUGACUAAAACUGAAAGGCAGGAAAUUAUCUUAUCAAUAGAGUAGUCUAUUAUAUUUAUUGCUGUUUUCGUUGACAAGCUACAAAAUCAAGAAUCAUGCAUGCGUAAGAACCUAUAGUGCGUAAACAACCCGGGGAGGGGGGGAGUUUGCUGAGUAUGUAUGUAUGUGUGUACGUGCCGCUGCCCUCUCAGAGCCCCUACCCCAUUAUAGUCUAUUCUGCGGCCAAUCAAUUAUAGACCCCAUCUUAGCCACUUUUGGGCAAAUAUGUAAUUUUUCGCGAUCCCAAAUUAGGCACUCUCUAUUUUUAUGAAUUGACCCAUUUUUUAGAAUAAAGAACACUUCACCUUUCAUCUACAACCUCAAAAAAUCCGAAAAUGUGCCACCCCAUUCUAGUUACUCUAUUGAAAAUGCGACCCCAUUAUAGUUAAUCCAGUCGUGAAAAUACGACCCCAUCAAGCGGCACAUCCCUAGUAGCCUCUUAUGAGGAAGUACCCCCCGGGAUUAACAAUAGUCUAGUGGCCUGCAAGCGAAUACCCCCCCUUGCUAUUAUUUUAGAACAAAUACUGUAUCUGUAUCAUUAUCGUCCCCAGGCUAAACCCGGUACAUUUGAAACCAAGAUAGCCACCUGUUAGAGAAUGUGCUUGAUCCCGACGAAUUUACGGAAAAUUUAAGGACUUAGUAAAGAAUUUAAGGACUGUGAAGUGGCAUGGUGGUUUACCUCGUUUAGCGCUUUCGAUUUCUUUCAAACUCGCUAAUAUAUAGAUUUAGACAGGGCUAAAAGAGCAGCUCUUGUUGAUAUACUUGAAGUUGUACUCCAGCAAAAAAGAAAAUCGUGUGAUGCUAACCUGCAACGGCAACGAGAAUUGCAAAAACAAAACAACAACAACAACACCAAUAUGUCUAAUUAGCGAACUUACCUUUCCGCCCUAUCGGAGGGGGUGGGGUAUACAACAAAGUGUUAUACUGGGAGACUCCAGCCUGAUCGUCCAACCCACCUUUUGUAUACCAUUUUUGAGCUGAAGAGGUGCCCCUUGAGGGGCAGAGGGCUGGCAACGCAGAUCGUACACGAAUGUUUACCAAAGCCGAGUGGUUCAAAAGUAAACAUUUAACGAUUUUUUUCGCAAUAUUUUUAUAACAAAAUCAUUUGAAAAAAAAAUAAAAGACUAUACAUACUAAGCGGACGAUGAGGAACCUGGAGAAAGAAAUGGCAGCGAAGCUGUGGAAACAAUUGCUGCCAAACGUCCUCUGAUGUAUGUGCGAGAUGGCUCACAGAAAUCACUCUUUUUCUUUCAAAAGCAAUUUGCUUGGGAUUUCAUUUGGCACAAGAACCUGGAAACCUGAUCUUCUUCAAAAGAUAACUAAAAUGGUUGUAGAGUGCUCUUGUGUAGUGAAAAAGAUUGUUGGAAAAGACGCGAGAAGAAGUUAAAACGACUCUACCUCGGUGAGUUUGUACCCUGCCUAUUAUUACUCAUUUUUCUUCCGCGGGCUCACUGUGAAUUCACAACCUUUCAGGAAAAUCGCUAGCUUAAUAUGUGCAUUUCGGCAAUAACGGGACAAGAAUUUGAAAAUAUGGCACUAUUAAUAAUUAACCACUUUCCGUAAUAGAGAAUGAGUAUUAGCGAAGCUCUCGCGCGCGCGAAAAAAAAAAUGGUAACCUGUAAGAUGCGAGAAAAUUUCGUAAUCACGUGAUCGUGCGUUCGACUGUUUCCCCCUACUACCAUUACACUGACACCGAUAACAGAGAAAGAGCUAGAGCGAAACUGACAAAACAAAACAAAAAGAAAAAAAAGAAAGCAGACGAAGUUCAUCGCGGAAGAAAAAAACAUAAAAAAAAUUCAAAGCUGCGAUGAGAAAAUGACAAAUGUUAGCGGCCAGCAAGGUUAAAAUGAGCGGCAGUGAAACAAAAAUGUAACGUGGGAACAUAUACGAUUUUUUCUCCAUAAAACGUGCAACUAGGACGUUUCACGUACUUUGAAGUCGUGCAAAACAAUGGCAAAGAAAUGCACAAAAAAAUGUGCUGCACGUGCAAACUUUUUUUUUCGCUCUUAAGCCCUAUUGAUUUUUUGUUGCAUUUCUCGUUGCCGUCACCGGUUAGCAUUACACGAUUUUUAUUAAUUUUUUUUUUUUCUGGGGUACAACUUUUAGUAUAUUAACGAGUCAGAGCGGCGCUUUUAGCCCUGGCUAAAACUACUAGUCGGAAACGGAAGGAAUAGAGUCCAAAUCGAAAGCCCUAAACGAGGUAAACCAGCACGCCAGUUUUAAAUGCAGGGUAACCUAAUUUCAAAGAUACAGUAUUUGUUCUAGGAUAAUAGCAAGGGGGAUGUUUGCUUGCGGGCCACUAGACUGUUCACUGUCCCUUAUCUUUCCGUAAAAUCGUCCAGAUGUGCGGGCCUUCUUGGGUCCGCUGCCCCAAGAGUAGAUUUCAUAGUCAUCCCCAGGCUAAACCCGGUACAUUUUAAAACCAAGAAGGCCACCUGUUAGAGAAUGUGCUUGAUACCGACGAUUUACGGAAAAAUAGAGGACUGUGAACAGUCUAGCGGACCUCCUGCUAGCAAGCACACUCCACCCCUAUUCCUAACCCCACCCUGAGUCAGGGAACUUGAUAAGACCUGAGAACAGGUACUCGUCGGUUUAAUACCACGGGCUACCAGAAAUAUGAAAUAUAUUUAAAAAAAUAAUAAAUAAAAACAUUAACGACAAACAUAAAAAAAAAACAAAGUGAAAGCUCAUAGAGACGACCAAUUGUUUUAUAAAUCCUAACCUGAAUGGAUAGGAGCCUGUUCCUGGAAAACUAAAAUGUUGCUGUUGUUAAUGCACUGGGCACUUAUGCAUGCAUGAUUCUUGAUAUUGUAGCUUGUCAACGAAAACAGCAAUAAAUAUAAUAGAAUACUCUAUUGAUAAGAUAAUUUCCUGCCUGUCAGUUUUAGUCAGACUAGCAAAAAGUGUUUUCGCGGCGUAACGAUUCCAGAUAUAGGAAUGCGUGACAGGCGCCAUCAUGUGAUAUCAGUUUUGUGUACACAGCGAAGACGAUUCGAUCGGAUCAAGCGCUGUAAACAGGUACACCUGUAGUAUUAAUGCGUUCGGCUUAAAGGCUUUCCUUUCCUGCAUGAUGUUCUAUUAUGUCAAAAGUCACAAAAAGUUUAAAAUACUUGACACAUUUGAUGAAUUAUUGUGUUAUUCGGGCUUUGCAUUAAGACCUUGCAUCGUGUAUUGUAAACAGUCAUAACAGAAAAUAGGCAUAUUUCGUCGAUCAGCUGUGCUGAUAAAUCGUUAAAAUCACAACAUAUUUUUAUGUUUCUAUGUUUUUGGACAUUCCCUUUGUUGGUCUGAAAAGACAUUUUGUUUAGAAGAUGUGGGGAUUUUGCACAGUGCUAGGAUGAAAAUAUGCAUUUUUGAGUCAUUUCCUGCGUACGGCACGGUGGGUGUAAAUCAAAAAAUAUUUAGUAGACACGAGUUGUUUUUGAAAGACCAAAAUUGUGUCCUUUACAUCAUUUAAGGACCAAUUUAGUCCUAGGAAGUGAAAAAAAUCGUUGAAAGUGCAAAACUUUGAAGUGGUGAACUCGGCAAUUUGGGCUAUUUUCACUCUUUGUCACUGCGAAAAUUUGGCCGCCGAGUGCUGAAGUGAUUUUCCUCCCGAAAAAUUUUAUUUUGAAAUAUUUUCAAAAACUAAUGCGGUUUCAAUUACUUUUGGACUAAGAUAUAUUCAUGGGAAAAGUUUAAAGGAAAUUGAUUUUCCGACCCGAAAGGCAGUGGACCGGUUUUAGGGAGACUCCCUCUUAAGGUGUUUCGAUACAGUCUUUUUAGACGCCAUACCGAUGUUUUUCAAUUGCCUUAAAAGUGGUUUUUUCCUCGUCCGAUCGCUAUAAUGGCAUUUGGGAACGGCAUUGGGAAAGUCCUCGCAAAUAACAUACCCGGUUGUUUGGGAUGCUCGCGAAGGCCCGAUCGUCUGCGAAUUCCCCGACACUCAUUCCUUCCCAGGUUUUGCUGAAUAGUGGCAAUAAUGAAAACUACAUCUAACAAAGUAGCCGCGUCUUGAAUGGUCGGGGACAAAUCCCCGGAGAAAUGAGGAAAAUCGAAAGCGCCGUGUCUCGCUGAUAUUUUCGAGAUGGUCUACGAUAAACCAUUGCCAUUAACAAAUUUGAUGUAUUUCCAAAAUUAAAUCAGUAGACAAAACUUCUUUUAUUGCCAUCAGCAAUGUCGUGGUCGGUUUGUUUGGGCCCGUACUUACUCUGCUCGAGCUGUCACUCCUUCUGAGGAUUUUGGUCUAAGUAAAGGUUAACUCGUAUAUGUGUCGACCGGUUUUUGAAUGUUAUUACUUUUUUAUAUGGGUUUGUCAAUGUAACUGUCAUCUCUCUUGUGGUUUAAUUAAAUUCGAGUGUCGCUCCUUGAAGUGGGCACGUUUGAGAAAGCAGCUGACCUCGGGUUUUACCUUUAUCGAAAUUCCUGUUUUCAUUUAGGAACGGCCUCGAAGUUUGGUUGUCAAGCUUUUAUAUGCUUUCUUGUUCUUGACAUGUUUAACCUUACAUGUAGGUUACCUACAGCCAUUUCGGUGGGCAAUAGGAAGUGCAUUCAGUUGAGUUUCUGUUAGAUUUUAUAACUCUUACUGAAUUGUCACAAAUAGCCAAAAACGAGACUUCAAAGUGCACAAUGCUAAGAAAAAUAAUGCUAAGAUAGAUAAAAUGUUAUAUCAGGCCUUCACGCGUGCAACUAAGUAUAAGCGAGUUAAGCACAACAAGCAAAACAAACGAAAAAUGGAGGAAUUUCUACCGUUUCUAACCAUCAUGGCACUUCAAAAGUAGAACAACACAAACCAAUGGAAUCCACUGAGACUUCGCAGAACACAGAGGAAAAAUAAGGCCUUUGAAAUUUGGCAAAUUGAAAGCGAGUUUAAAGGUCAUCCUAUUCUAUUUUUCAUGCAAGUAUAUAUAUGCUAGUAUGGAGAAAUUUAGAUAUUAUAAAUAAAGUAUAAUAAAUAAUAUAUAAACAAACAAGUUUGCACAUGUUCGGCUAGUGAAAACCCAAUACUUUUUUUAUUGCCACCAAUUUUGUGGCUUUCAGUAAAAUGAAGCAAAAACGAAUCAUGGAAACAUCACUAAAAGGACAGCAAGAUCAAUUAAACGAUUUAUUGUUAAAAUGUGUUUUCAUUUUGUAAUGAAGUUUUUAAAAAAAACGAAGUGAUCGUGGUCCUCGCAAUAAACUGAACAACCUAGAGUUUGCUUUUCGGCAAAGAAGUACGUAAUCUAUCACAUGCCUGUGCAUGAACAAAAACAAAAUUAAGGAGAUUUCUGGCACAAAAAUCUAAGAAAACAGGUACAAGCAAAACAAAGGGUUAGACUCGAUCAACUUUGAGGGCAGUUUUAAAAAGUAUGGCACCUGUCUGAACAUUGCUAUCUGUAUCAAUACAAACUAGAAAUGAUAGUAAAACAAAUAUAAAGGAAUAAAAUUUUUGUGCUCUUUAAGUUUUCGAACUUGACCGCCGUUUGAAUUUCCAGAAAUUUCGAAGACAUGAAAUCAUCGAACACUUGCCUUGUUAUUCUGCUCCUUUAACUUCGCUGUUUGUAAUGUCCUUCUUGGUUUGUAGAGGAUACUAUUGUGCCUGAAUCAAUCGCUUUUACUAUAAAAAUAUUGUUUCUCUUUUUUGUCUUGUUUGUUGCCCCCGCAGGGAUUUCCCCCAGAAGGCGAAAUCCCGAGGAGGCACUCUAGUAACUCGCGUAUAUUAAGGAAAGUACUUACAGUUGAAAUAUACAGUCAUACAGUCAAUAUAGAAAAAAUCUCGAUUUGCUUGAACAGUGGCCGCGAGGAGUCGGUAGGAAAUGAUGACGUUUCCAUUGUUUGCGCCCGCAAGUACGAAAUGAUUAGGAUGACGUAAAGACAGAACGUCCCCAAGAGACCGCUUGGGUAGAUUUUGUGACAUUUAUACUUCGACACUCUUUUGCGUUACGUGUUAUCAGUGACAUUCUGUGGAGCAGUUGUUUCAGUGAAAGUUAUGGACCAAAAUUUUAACAACACUCGUUAAGCGCAGAAGAAGUUAUAAGGUGCGUAUAACUGUCUUUAGUAUAUACUAAAACAGUGGAUAGUGUUUUUCGCGCGCUCUGAUUGGCUACUCAAUCAGUGAAUAUCCUGCACUAUUCACUGAUUCACCUCCAGUUCCUCCGAGCGAGCAACGCCAAACUCGCGUAAGUUGCGAGGAAAAUGCCCUCCGGGUUUGCUGCCGUAAACAAACAAAGAAAUUUCACAACUAAUCAAGCAAGCUGUUUCCGAAAUACACGAAGAAGGUGACGAAUUUCGGAUUGGAAGUUUUAACAGGUAAAGCUUUGUCUUUUUGACAUGGAUUUAUCCACUAGUAAUAGUCGACACUACAGCUGCCCCCGUUCUUUAUAUUGUCGGUCAAUAGUAUUCUUGCUGGUUGUGUUGCUCUUUGAAAAUAUAUACCGAUUCAUAAUGAAGAUUUUCACACAUAUUCCAUACAAUAGGUGAGAUAAAUACAGGAAACGCAAGGUUCCAUGCAUGCACAGUUUCAGCUCGAUUUACACAGCUUUGAUCAAAACAUUCUCAGUUUCGAGAAUAGUUUAUUCUAAACCAUAAGAAAAGAUUUGAUUAGAAGUUGAAGUUUUCGCUAUUUCUCUUUUCCUUUUUACAUUCAGUUCAUUUUAUUUGCCGGAGAGUAAGCCGUAGAAAUUAAAAGGACGUUUGAUCGAUUCACGCUAGCGCAUUCUAGUCUCAUUUGAAACUUUAUAAGUCAGCACAGAAUUUGAUCGUCGGCGAAUUUCUGUAAAUGUCCAUCAAUCUGCUAGUGAUAAGCUAGCCGUUGUUCACUCGUCUUGCUUGUUUGGGGCUGAGUCUUAUUCCGGUCAAAGAGAGAGAAAGAGUGUCUGGCAAGGUUUCCAAAAUAAAUCAAAGAUGUGUGAACUCGUGUCUGGCAAACCUCUCCAAGUGUUUAUAUAUACACAGUUAAACGCACCUUAUAACCUCCCCUGCACUUAACGAGUGUCUUUUGGUCCAUAACUUUCAAAAAAACUGCUCCACAGAAUGUUACUGCGUAACGCAAAAGAGUAUCGAAGUAUGACUGCACCGCAAUAAAUGUCACAAAAUCUACCUGAGCGGUCCCUUCGGGAUUUUCUGUCUUUACGUCAUCCUAACCAUUUCGUACUUGCGGGCGCAAACAAUAGAAAGGUCAUCAUUACCUACCGAUUCCUCGCGGCCCCAGUUCGAGCAAAUCCAGAUUUUUUCUAGUAUACUGACUGUAUAUUUGAACUGUAAAUACUGUCCUUAAUAUACGCGCGAGUUACUAGGGUGCCUCCUCGUAAUUCACUUACUCUUUCUAGUUAUAAACAUAAACUGAGAGAUUAUUUUCAAUCAUUAUAAGUUUAAACUAAGUUGAACUCAAAUUUUUCUUCUAUCUUCAAACUCUUUUCUUUAUUACUUUUGCACACUAUCAUUAAUUGUUAUGUUUAUUUUGCUUUAUAUGCAGUAACACUGAAUUCUUUAUAUAUUGUAAUAGUUUGCCCUUUCUCUGUAAAUUUUGUACUUAUUAAUUUUUAUUCUCAUUGUAACUUAGCAGCACAUUGUAACUCUCUGAUCUACGCCAUAUAAGCCUCUGGCUUUGGCAUCUUAUUAUCGUUAACUUGUGUUUUGUGCCCUUAUUCAUCAAUAAAGAUUAUUAUAUUAAAAAAAAAAGAAAAGAAAAAGGUUUUUGUUUACAAAUGCAAAUUAACUUUAAGUCUUGCGUUACUUUAUUUAGUUGAGUUGUUCAUAAAUAAGCUUAAAACUAAAUUUAAUAAUCCUUUUUUAUAGAAUGAUUUUAAAUACAAAAAUAAUUCGCAACUCCUUUUGAAGAAAUUUCCCCGCAAGAGCUAAACAAAUGCCUUCAAGAGUUUUAACUGUCGGCAAGAAAAAGCGAUAUAUCAACACUUGAGAGUUUGCCAGACACGAGUUCACAAAAAUCUUCCACUGGAAACCUUGCCAGACACUCUUUCUCUCUCUUUGACCAGAAUAAGACUCAGCCCCAAACAAGCAAGACCAGUGAACAACGGCUAGCUUCUCACUAGCAGAAUGAUGGACGAUUACAGAAAUUCGCCGAGAAUCAAAUUCUGUGCUGACUUAUUCCCUGCUCACAGAUGUCCUUCCGCCAUGAAGUUUAAAAUAAGACUAGAAUGCGCGAGUGUGAAUUGAUCAAACGUCCUUUUAAUUUCUAAGGCUUCCUGUCAGGCAAAUAAAAUGAACUGAAUGUACAAAGUGAAAGAGAAAUUGAAAUUCAACUUCUACUUAAAUCUUUUCUUGUGGUUUAGAAUAAACUAUUCUCGAAACUGAGAAUGUUUUGAUCAAAGCUCAGUACAUGUAAAUCGACCUGAAACUGUGCAUGGAACCUUGCGUUUCUCGUAUUUAUCUCACCUAUUGUAUGGAAUAUGUGUGAAAUUCUUCCUUAUGAAUCGGUAUAUUUCAAAGAGCUACACAACGAGCAAGAAUGCUAUUGACCGACAAUAUACAGAGCGGGGGCAGCUGUGGUGUCAACGAUUACUAGUGAUAAAAGUAUUGGCACGCGUUGCUUGUCGCGAGCGUGACACGGUUGUUUCGUGAUAUUCAAAUUUUUUGCACUCUUCAGUCAGAUGUAAUUGCCUUUGAAUCGCCAUGCAUAAAAAAUUGGCUCAACACAUUUUAGCGAAGAAAAUCGAGAAUCCACUCGGGAUAAAACGCUACCAAGAGAGAGUGAGGUGACGCUACUAGGCCCCACUGGGUCCCAGGCCCCACUGCUGCGCGGAAAAUAGGGAGUUUACGCAACGACAACGGCGACGGUAACGAGAACGGCAAAAAAGCAGAAGGUUAAGACAAGAAAAACAAUAACUUUCCACGCGCAUCACGCCUUUUUGUACAUUUCUCUGCCGUCGUUGCACGACUACAACGUGAAACUGCCUAAUUUCACGUUUGUCGACGAAGGGAACAAAAAUACAUCAACCUUCUUUUUCUUUUCCUGAACUUUGAUGCAGUCGUUUAGAUUCAACUCCAAAAAAAUUGCCAACAUUUGACGAAUUAAACGAGAUGUAAUAAGCGCGAUUAAGUUUGAGGCAGCGCAAAUUCACUUUUUAAGUGACGUUUUCGUAGCCGUCGCCGUCGUCUUUGCGUAAACUCCCUAAUAAAUUGGACUGGGCAGGAAAUAGGGUUAUAUACUUGGUCUUUGCGUUUUAUUUUGUUAUUAUAAGUUAUUUGUUUAAGCCUUUUUUGUUUGUUUGUAUCAUGUGUCUAAAUCUGUAUACACAGUUAUCUUACUAAUACGGCCAUUCUGACAAGCCUUUUGCAGACAACAUUUGACGUGGAACACCCGUGCUCUUACUGCACUUUGUCACCUUGUGAGAUUGUGCGCAUGCCAUCGCUCAUAGCGAACAUUUACUAUUUCCUGUUGAUAUUUAUAUAUGAUGAAUGAUUUAUUCGGGCGGUACCUUGCAUGGGUCCGUUCGUGCUUGCCCCAUUGGAAAUAAUACUUUUUUUACUUUUAUCCUCAUUUUUUAAUUUCUUUUAAAAAAAGUUUCUACGUACGUAGUUAUGUAUAGGUAAUGAAACCCCAAUAAGGCUGUUUAGAAAAGUGUACAACUCUAUAAAAUGAUUCACAAGGGCGAGGGCUAGCGUACACCUAGGCCGUGGUCACGAAACGUGAACUCUUGUCCUCUUUAUUUGCCACAUAAUUAUGCAUUCGAAGGAGACAUGUAGCUUUUGCAGCCUUUCCAACGGGUAGCGGCAAUCAUUAUGACUAAGAAUCUGGGUCUUAAGAUUCCUUUUUAGGGCAUAUUUUUAAUCCUGCAGAAGACCAAGCAAGUCACUGGAAGGAUUUUUGCAGUCUCGAUCUUACAAUGAAGUGCAUGUUCUGAAACGUUGAUCCCCAGCGUUUAGCGCUAUUACUUCAGCAAUGCAUAUUUAUUUUUCCAAGUCUGUUGCCUCAUUCCACCCGCCUCAUUGUAUGCCCUUGUCAAUGAUCCUUUUCCAUCUCGUUGCUGUUCUAAUCUAAGUAAUGACGACCUAAUUUCUUAGAGGCUAGGUCUGGAAAACGGUGUGAAACUUAAAUGACCUUUUUUGGACUGAAAAAGAGUCUGGGUGGCACACCCUCAACAAGAAUUCCCAUGAGUUUCCCCGGGAUUACAUGUACCUCCGUAUAAUGCGGAUCACCACUAAAAAGUGACAGACAUACUAGUGACUACAGACGGAGGCUUUAUUCAGGUGCGAUGGGUAUAUCACGGGUACUUUCUGUUCAAUGAUGCGCAUAAGACUAUAAGAUUAUUUGCAAUAGCAAUUACUGAUUGAAUAAUAAUUUUUGCAAUGUUAUAAUACAUUGUCUAUUCAUCUGUUCUGUUAUUUUCCCCAAAUUUUUGUCUUUUCGUCUUGACCGAAGUACUGCAAAUAGCUGUAUCACGACAAUGAUGAACUUGACUUUUCGACAUUGUCGAUUCGUAGCAUAGAAGUAUUUUUUCGGACCAACACAAUGGCAAAAUAAACCCAAACAGUCUUAUUGCCUAGUAGGAUUCGAACUGCUUUAUAAAUAUAUAUUAGCCUGCGUAGCAUGGCGGUUUUUGUCGCGCGCGUGCGAACGAGAAUUGUUCUCGCCCGAAUCUCCUCACGGUUUCACAGCCCUCGCCCGCCUUAGCUUGUUUGCGCGCCAGACCAAAACUACGCAGGCUUUCAAAUGACUGAAAAAUCAAACAUUUCAUGGAACAGUUCCUUUUUAAGGUUUCAGCAAAACGCUCAAGGCAGGGGGGUGAGGUAGCUCCAUUGUUUUCCACCUAAGUUUUUUGACCCACUCCGCCUGCCAGUAUGACGUCACAUAGCAACGGGCAAGAGCCUCGGGUCGCUUGUGCAAAUUAGCGAGGGAUACGACAGUUAUGUGGACGAGAGAGGUCGAGGAAAAGCUAAGAAACUAGCAAAUAUCGCUAUAUAUCGCUUAUUUGAUCGAAUUUGUGUGAGCUUUGGUGUUGCUAUAAUCUGCUUGUAUAAACCGUUAGGAUAUUUUGUGUCCGUGAUUGUAUAGUUUUGUUAAUUUGUUUUGCGGGCCGUGUUGCGGGAUCGCCAUCUAUUUCACGAGACCGGCAAGGUCAUCAAAACUUAGAUCUUUUUUUUUUCUCUAAAACAGGCAAGGUCUAGUCUCCAGAAUAGGAGGUUCCAUUCACAGAUCACACAUGUUUAUAUUUUAUCCAUUUUUUUGCUAAUUAAACGGGCCUAACUUCAUAUCAUUCCUCUCGAGUGUAGGUCUCUGUUGAUCUCCUAAUUCUCCACUAAAUUCAGUAAAGCUAGUUCGAUCGAUUAUCUAUAUCGAGUCGGCCCGUUGAACCCGAAAUAAUGCGAAACAGCUAUAAAAUAGCGCUUAAGUUAAUUUUCCUCAAAUGCAUAUUUGAAUUCAUGAUAAAUCAGUACAGUUUCACCAGCGUCAAACAAGUUCUAUGGCAGAGAAAAAUUGUUUUGAUGUGACAAAAUUAUUUUUUCAAGUCAUGUGUGUGACUGUGGUGCAGUGGUCAAGGAGUUGCUUGCACCUGCAGAUAAACCGGGUUCGACUCCCGGCGACGCUGUUUUCUGUUUCUUUGUACCGUUUUUUUUUUUUUUUUUUUUUUUUUUUUUUUUCCUUCUGUUUGGUCUCUUUUUAACUCUAUUUUUCCUUUUGGCCUUUUUUUCUUUAUUUUUACUGCUGACCCUGCUGGUCAUGCACUUGGAUCAAUAUAUAUUUUAAGCGUAAGUCGGGAGUUUUUCGGGAAAAGGGAUUUCAAAAGCCCGCUCUUGAUCUGCAUACUGGCCAACCUUACGACAAGAAAAAAACCAAGCUGUCAAGACAUGUCCCUCCCCUGAAACAGCUGAUUUUUUUUCAAUUUUAGUUAACAUCAUGGCAAACAACACACAGAACACCACAAGCUGUAUUAAUUUACACCCAACACCCACCAGUGACCCACUUGCGAAAGUUAAACUUGCCUUUUGUACAUCGUCUUAAUCAUCAAUAUUAUUGGUGAAAAUUCCUACUGAAUUUGCCCCUAAGAAAUAAUUUAACGAAACCUUUUAUUGGUUUUCGGGAUUUAAUUACAGAAUUACAGGUGUAUGCCCAAUACAGUAUUAAAAUGCGGUAAAGCAACAAGAUUAAAGCUCAUAGUCUCUCACAAAUACCUGUCAUUUAGUUUCCUCUUUCAACGCUACAGCUAAGCGAACUUUGAGAGGAAUGAUAUGGGGUUCCACUAGCUCUGAAGAGCUGAAAAUAAGCACAAUGUAAAUUAUAAUACAUCCUUUGAUGAACCUCCUAUUGCUGUGUCUAAACUCCUCAAUCUUGCUGUGCACUGGCCCUCAAAAGUGUGACCGGUUGGUAUGAUUGCAAGUAAAAUUUGCUCGACGAUAGAAAGGAAUCUUUAAAAUUCAUUACACCACUGGACAUUCAUUCCAAAAAAGUACUCAAGUCUAGUUUUCUAUGACAAAAGAAACCUUUAAAUCUCCAAAUCCAAGAAAUCGCAACAGUAUCUACGUGGUAAAAUCGAGAUUUUUAUCCGUCUCUUCGAUGAACACACACACCCCGCUCCCCUUGGCUCAAGGCUUAUUCGCUCGCCCUUCUCUUUAUUUAAAAUUGUAUUUUUUAGACAACUCAAUUCAAUCGUCACAGAUUAUGGGCUCCUGAUCAGCAUUAAGAAUACUAUGACAUUUACCACUUGAGGAGUAGGUUUUUUUUUUAAACUGAAAGGUACCAAAACGAAACCUGAGCCACAGCCACACCCUUCUAAAACCCGAUUAAUGCUCCGUUUCACGGGUAUUUACAGCUACUUAAAGCUACACGGAAAGGAGAUUAGCCGAAAAAGGGAUUGGAGGUCGCAUUUCGGGAUCGGGACUUCUCUCAUAGCAGGCCACGCAAUAACCAACUGUACCAAUCUUUCCUCCUCAAAAGCAGGUGAAAACGCAAAGAAUAGCGCAGUGGAAAGCCUACCUGACUGAGUGGGAAUUGUGGUUCCAAAAAUUGAGUGAUGUUCUUUGACAUGAUCAAUUAUGUCUCACACACAUGAACAGGCCUGCCCUAACAAUAUCAUUUCGCGUUUUGAGUGGUUCGUUAUAUCUUUCUGUCAUUUUCGCAACGUCCAUACUGAAUAUGUCGUAACUCGAAAAUCUCCACAAGUUGAUUUUCUCAAGUCCGAGAAAGACUUUUCUUUGUUGAGGGAAUUGCUACCCCUUGUCUGCUUCGUGUCCAGUCCAGAAGGACUGGGCAUGAAAUACAAAGUCACGCAUACAACUACGCAUACAGUAUUUCAAAUCGGUAACUGGGCUAAAUCGCUUUCUUCGAGUCUUAUCGCAUCAUAUUUGCGAAGAAAUUUCUUUCAUUUGCCCAAGAAACUUUAUUGCCAUGUCUUGAGGAGUCGAUUUUGAUGAAAAACCGUACCUCUCCGACCGUACACAGCGUGUUUCAGUUAAUGGAGGGCUGUCAGAUACCUUUCUGCUCGCGCAAGGGGCGCCGAAAGGGUCAUGCUUUGGCCCGCUUCCGUUCACGGUAUAUACCAGCGAACUAUUCGAUAUAGUGAGUCGACACUUGCCAAGCGUGCACGCUUACGCCGAUGACACGCAAUUGUACUUGGCGUUCAGUCCAAACGUGCAGGGUGAUGACGCUAGUGCAGUAAAGGCUAUAUGUGAUUGCAUCAUGGAUUUAAGAAAGUGAAUGAUUAGAGACCGACUUAUGUUAAAUGAUGAUAAGACUGAGUUUUUGCUCCUUGGUACCAAGCAACAGCUAGCUAAGGUUGACAUUAAUAGUACUACUGUUGGUGAGUCUGUCGUGAACACGAAGCGGGUUGUCAGGAAUUUAGGUUCCUGGUUUGAUUCUCAACUUAGUAUGUCUACUCAUAUUAGCAAGCUCUGUGGUUCAGCUUUCUUUCAUUUACACAACAUCAGUCGUAUUCGCAAGUUCCUAAGCCCCGUGGAAACUAAGUCCUUGGUGCAUGCAUUCGUUACUUCUGGCGUUGACUACUGCAAUAGCCAUUUUCUAUGGUCUACCUUCCUUGCAGCUUUUACGCUUGUUAAAACAAGGUUCAGCGUGUUUUAAACACUGCAGCAAGGCUUGUUUGAUGCGCUCCGCGCUUCAGCCAUUUUACACCACUGAUGUAUGAGAGCUACAUUGGUUUCCGUUAAAGCAGCGCAUUCAUUUUAAGAUUUUGUUAUUUGCAUUUAAGGCUAUCCACGGUGUAGCCCCUACAUACAUUCAGAACUUGGUUUCUUUGAAAUCGCAAGGCACAUAUAACCUCAGUUCGUCAGGUGGGAUUUUGCUAGCAUCGUCAACAUUUAGAUCUAAGGUCACACUAAGCGAUAGGUCCUUCCAGGUGGCUGCGCUCUUGCGCGUGAGCUUCGCGAUAUCGCAAACUUGCAUACUUUUAAGAGCAAUCUUAAGACGUAUCUUUUUAAGUUUGCUUAUGGUUGAAUGAAUUUCAAUUGUUACGUAUCGAUAUUUGAGAUUUUUAUGGCGGAAGUGUAUAUAUUUUUAUUGCUUUGCUUAUUGUAAAUAGUCUUGUAGUUUGUAAUGCGUUUUUUAUGAUUUUUAUAAAUACCUGCGCAAUGUAAGUGAUUAAAUUAUUAUUAUUAAUAUUAUUAUUAUUAUUAUUAUUAUUAAUAUUAUUAUUAUUAUUAUUAUUAUUAUUGUUAUUAAAAAAUUUUUAGCAAAGAGCUCGGGGUCGGGUGUCACGAACAGGUCACGCUCGCUGAUACGGCCAUGUUAAAAAACCAGAAAACAUGGCAAUAAAACAAGUUUUAACACGGAAUCAACGGCCAAUAUAGUUUCAGAUGAUUAAGAAAUAACGUUAAAAUGAGAAAGAACUUUAGGUGAGAUCCAUCAAGCCAUCAACUGAAGUUGGACUUCACGAGCAGAUCGACAAUGCAAGUGUUCGUUAAUUAUCAAGUCUUGGAAAUUUCAGUUCUGGAAAUUCAAACUGCGGUCAAGUUCGAAAACGUAAAGAGGACAAGACUUUUAUUUCUUUUUAUGUUUUACUAUCAUUUCUAGUUUGUAUUAAUACAAGUGACAAAGUUCAGACAGGUGCCACACUUUUUUAAACUGCCCUCAAAGUUGAACGAUUUUCGUGUUUUGAUGGAAGGCCGAUAACACGUGCCAGAAAAAAGAUUCUUGCCGUUAAAAUGAAUAAAUAAUUCGAAACUGUGAUAUGGCUAGGAAAUCUAGAGUGGUGUAUCCGUCUUGAGCGAGGUGUUUGUUUUCUGUAGCGCCAGCAGUGUAGGCGAUUUUUGCAGUUUCAAAGGCUAUAGCGCCGGUGCCAACUUUCGACUUUUCGGUCAAACAAAAUGCAUUUUUGGAACUAAUUAGGUAAAGGCUUUAAUAUCCCAGAAUAUAAGGAAAAUUAAUUUUUUGAUCCGAAAUCACUGGUCGGUUCUUACGGAGACACGCUCUUAAGUAUGCUACUGACUAAUGACUGCUUUUCUACAAAGCCAGAUUACUUACCCAGAACAAACACCGCAGUUAGAAUCAAAGCCAGCAGUUACAAGCACCUCAGAAACGAACGUAAACAAACCUAAUAACCGAAGAAUGGACGAACAAAGACCAACGUUUGACUAAAAUAUAUACAAUGUAUUAUAAUUAGACAAAAGGCUACGUUUGUACACAACUGACUUUUUUUUGAUAAUGACUUAUUUUACACGCAUAGGUUGUCGACACGUCAGUCACAGUCAACAACUAUCCUAUUCCGGACUAUGCUCACUCGGACGAUUAUAAACUACCUAGUGAUGAAACUAUCUUUAUUUAUAGAAAUCUACACUAGUCCUUGGUUUUCCUGGCAUACCAGGAUCAAAUGGGAUGCCUGGAAUACCUGGGGUUCCCGGACCGCAAGGAUCCCAGGGAAGGGAAGGUGUAAAAGGACAAAUAGGUGAUAAGGGAUCACAAGGAAUGCCGGGUCCAAGAGGAGACAGAGGACGCGAAGGGCCUCCUGGGAAGAGUGGACCGACGGGAAUAAAGGGCAUCAAAGGUGAACCGGGACUUGCGGGAAUGAAAGGAGAGCCAGGCAUUGUGGGAAAUCAAGGAAGAGAAGGAGACAAAGGAGAGAAAGGAGAAAGCGUCAAAGCAAGUCAAACAAGUGUAGUACCACAAACCAACUGGAAACAAUGUGUGUGGAAAUCAGAGAGCGGUACUGAUAACGGAAAGAUUAAGGUAAAUAAGAAUGCAGGUUUAUGUGAGACCUCAGUACAAGUAUUCCAAAUCAAAAAAAAGUCCACCUCAAGAAAUAAAAACGAAGGCAAUAAGUCUUAUGUUCCCUUUCAUUAGGCUCCUCAUCCUUCAAAUACGUUAAUUUUGCUUAAGCGGGUUCUUUUAUUUCCUUACUGUACACAAAACUAAUUAAUAUUUCACGAGCUGUGCCGACCUAAAUGCAUUAUAUGGUGUUCCUGUAAGGUCUUUGUUAUUAAGCUUACCUUGUUAUACCUCUAAUCACCCGACCAUGCACGACAAAGUCGGAGACUAGGACAUUUUACGCGUCUUUUCUCUCUUACAGGAGUGUACUUUCAACAAGUUGACGUCCGAUACAUCGCUCAAAGUCUCAUUUCAAGGAAACUUGAGGGUCAGUGGUAAUGUUAAGUGUAACCGGUGGUAUUUCAAGUUCAAUGGAAACGAAUGCAGUGGACCGAUGACGAUUGAGGCUCGUGUUUACAAUCACUGGCCGUCUGGUAACACCAAUAGUAAUCAGCUGCAUCAUCGGUCAUUUGAGGGGUACUGUGAAAACAUUCCACAAGGGGCGGUUAGAGUGGAAUUAUGGGUAGGAAAGUGUAGUGGCCAAACCUUGGGUGAUGCUUACACUGGGUGGGAAUCAGUGUCUCGGAUAAUGAUUGAAGAAGUAUCUAGGUCCCAGUCCUAA